GGCUAUUCACGCUAUUAUUGGAAGAUUUUGGUGUGAAAGGUGUGCAAGUUGAAGAAGUUUAUGACCUACAGAAGCCAUUUGAAGGGCCAGUGUAUGGCUUCAUCUUCUUAUUCAAGUGGAUCGAGGCAAGGCGAUCGCGUAGGAAGGUCACCGUCAAUGAAGAAUGCUUCGUCAGCAAUCCAGAGAUUGUCAACAAUAUGUUCUUUGCUCAGCAGUUGAUUCCAAACUCGUGUGCGACACAUGCCCUGCUCAGUGUACUGCUCAACUGUCAACGCAUGAAGCUGGGAGAGACGCUCAGUCAGCUGAAGGCAUACACACACGGGAUGAAUCCUGAUAUCAAGGGCUAUGCCAUUGGCAACAUGGCCGAGCUUGCAAGAGCUCACAAUAGCCAUGCAAAGCCAGAGAGAGCUCACCUCCCCGAGAAACACAACGGCGUCUCUACGGGUAGGACGAUGGAAGCAUUCCACUUUGUCAGUUAUGUGCCAAUCAACAACAGACUGUAUGAACUUGAUGGUCUAAAGCCGUAUCCGAUCGAUCAUGGUCCACUAGCCGAGAAUGAAGACUGGACGGAAAAGUUUCGGCGUGUCAUAACCGAGCGGCUCAGGAUUGCCACCGGCGGUGAACCUAACCACGAUUUUCGGUUCAGUUUGAUGACCGUCGUACCUGACAAACGACAGAUGCUGGACCACAAGCUUCACGUUCUCAAGACAGUUUAUAAAAUUGACAUCAGCAAUAAGCCUUACCAUCUCGUGAAGGUCACGCACCCGGACAUCAAGCUCCCGACGAAACCCCUCGACGCCGGACAGCUCGAGAACAAGAUGCGCGACUCUCAGUUCCAACCCGUCCCCGCCGCCGCUCUCGCACGUUCGCCGACGGCGCGAGCGCGCGCGCAGUCGGACGGCGGCGCGUCGACCGACGACAACCAAUCGACGACGAGCAGCGGGCGUCACGUGAUCGUCAAGCUGCCGCCGGAACUCGACACGCACAACUACGCGAAGAGUCCGAUCCUCGACGCGUCCGCCGCCGCCGGCGACGACGACGACAGCGACACGGAGCCGCCGAUCCCGCCGGGGGAUUCGGAUCGCGAGGCCGAGCCGCAGUUCCACGUGUCGAACACCGACCACCCGGGAGCAUCGUCGCUCGAGAUCACGAAGCCGCUCACCGUGCGUACGCACUUCGACCGGCCGCCGUCGCCGGGCGAGAGCACCGACACGGCGUCGAACGCGAGCAGCGCGUUCAACUCUCCCGUGCGCUCGCGCUGUCCGUCGACGCAGGCGAGCCCGCGCGGGGGGCAGCACCGUGCGGCGGGGGACGCGGUCGCCGCGGGCGACGACGACGAGCGGCGAGCGCGGGAGAUCGACAAGCUCGUCGUCAUCAAGAUGUCGAACGUCGCGUCGCGGCUGAGCGAGCCGCAGGAGGGCGCCACCGCGGCGGGGAACUCCGCCGAGGUCGGGCGCCCGAAGGAGGAGAUGCAGGCGGAGACCCCUAGUGGUGGCGAGCGGAGCGAGGAGGCGGCGGAGGACGGGAGCGGAGGAAAGCAUCAUGCGUUCGCACCAAAAGAUUUGCUCGCAUUGCUGAAAAACUUGGAGAGUGAGAUUGUCACCUGUGAGUCGAAUCUGAAGGAAGAACAGGAAAAAAGAAAGAAGUACAAGAUCGACGACUGCCGGCGGACGCACGACUACGACCCGUUCAUCACGACGUUCCUGUCGAUGCUAGCCGAGCAGGGCAUUCUCGCGAAGCUCGUAGAACAGAACACGACCGUCAAGCGGCGGCAGGGCGUCAAUGUCGGCCGCCUCAACCGCAAGACGUACAAGCGGCAGCGUGGCAAGGCCCGGCGGCGCAAGUAGCGACGGCUCGUCCUCCGCCUCGCACCUCCGGGGAGGUUCCACCUAGACGCUGAGAAAGUCUUGCCAUAGUAUCGCGGCAGAUCCGACGCUGAUUUGCGAAUUCGUUGUCCGUGAGAAUCGUCUGCGACGCGGCGGCGAUCGGCGGUAUUCUUCACACUCUGUGUGACGCGGCGUUCGCGGGCGAUCGGCGGUAUUCUUUACACUCCGUGUGACGCGGCGUUCGCGGGCGAUCGGCGGUAUUCUUUACACGCCGUGUGACAC